AUGGUCAAAGUAACUGUCUGUGGUGCUGCUGGUGGCAUUGGUCAACCUCUUUCUUUAUUAUUGAAGCAAUCACCUUUGAUUACUCAUUUAUCACUUUAUGAUAUCGUAAAUACACCUGGUGUUGCUGCCGAUUUAAGUCAUAUUAACACUCAAUCAAAGGUUACUGGACAUGUUGGAAAGGACCAACUUGAGGAAGCCAUCAAGGAUUCUGAUGUUGUUGUUAUUCCUGCUGGUGUUCCCAGAAAGCCAGGAAUGAGCCGUGAUGAUUUAUUCAAGAUCAAUGCCGGUAUUGUUCGCGACCUCGCUGCUGCUGCUGCUAAGUUUGCUCCCAAGGCUUUCAUGCUUAUCAUCUCUAAUCCUGUCAACUCUACUGUGCCUAUUGUUGCUGAAGUUUUCAAAGCAAUGAACGUCUAUGACCCCAGAAGAAUCUUCGGUGUUACUACUUUGGAUGUUGUCCGGGCUUCCACCUUUGUCGCAGAACUCAUUCAAGCCGAUCCCAAAUCUCUUCGUGUUCCUGUCGUCGGUGGUCACAGUGGUGUCACUAUUUUACCUUUAUUGUCUCAAGUCUCUGGCACUGAAAAAUUAUCUCAGGAACAAAUUGAAAAGGUCACCCAUCGUAUUCAAUUCGGUGGUGAUGAAGUAGUCAAGGCUAAGGAUGGUGCAGGUUCCGCUACCUUGUCUAUGGCCCUCGCCGGUGCUCGUUUUACCUUAAACGUCGUUGAAGCUGCUGUAGGUGGUAAUCUCAACAUUGUAGAAUGUACCUAUGUUGAUUUGGACGCCGAUAAGGAAGGUGCCGCUGAUACUAAAAAGCUGGUUGGUGAAGAUGUAGAAUUCUUUUCGGUUCCUGUUCAAUUGGGCCCUAACGGUGUUGAAAAGAUUUUGCCUAUCGGUCAAUUGAACAAGUUCGAAGAAGGUUUGUUUGCUUCUGCCGUUCCUGAAUUGAAGGGUAACAUUGUUAAAGGUUCCAAGUUCAUUACUGAAGAACCCAAGUUGUAA